CUCCUCCUCCUCCUCCUCCAUCUUCAUCUCCACAAGCUCAAGCUCUCCACAUCCGAGCUCCACCUACGCUCCCCCAAAGCCGCCCCCUCCCCCACCACCUUCUUCGAAGUAACCCGCCCCGUCCCCUCCUCCAACUCCUCAUGCUCCCUCCUCCUCCUCCAACACGACUUCGCCUCCACCUACUCCAAGCCCCCCGCCACCGCCUCCUACGCUCCCCCGCGCUGCCUCCGCCGCCACCUCCGCCGCCGCUCCCCCGUCCGCGCCGUGCUCGAGUGGUCGGCGGCGUGCCGCGGGCGCCAGUUCGACCGCAUCUUCGGCGUCUGGCUCGGCGGCGUCGAGCUCCUCCGCAGCUGCACCGCCGAGCCCCGCCCCGCCGGCAUCCUCUGGACCGUCCGGAAGGACGUCACCAAGUACUCCUCCCUCUUCGCCUCCCCCCAAACCCUCGCCGUCUACUUGGGCAACCUCGUCGACUCCACCUACACCGGCAUCUACCACGUCAACGUCUCCCUCCACUUCUACUUCGACUCCGCCCUCGCCGGCGCCUCCUCCCACCGCCGCCCCCCCGCGUUCACCUCCCCCGCCGACCUCGUCCUCCCGAUCUCGCGGAAUCUGCCUCUCGACGACGGGUUGUGGUUCCCGAUCCAGAAUUCCACCGACGUCCAAUCGAAGCACCUCGCGAUCCCGCGGAACGCCUACCGCGCCGUCGUCGAAGUCUACAUCUCCUUCCACCAGGACGACGAAUUCUGGUAUACCAAUCCUCCCGAUAGCUACAUAUCUGCAAACAAUUUCACCGGCGUGCCGGGCAAUGGGGCUUUUAGGGAGGUCACCGUGCGGUUAGAUGGUGAAGUAGUCGGCGCCGUUUGGCCCUUCACUGUGAUCUACACCGGAGGGAUCAAUCCCCUUCUGUGGAGGCCCAUUACGGGGAUCGGCUCGUUCGAUUUGCCGUCCUAUGAUAUCGAGAUCACCCCGUUUCUCGGCAAGAUCUUGGAUGGACAGCCGCACGAAUUCGGGUUCGGGGUUACAGACGCUUUGGACGUUUGGUAUGUGGAUGCCAAUUUGCAUCUUUGGUUGGAUAGCCAAAGCUCUUAUUCUGUGGGGAAUUUGAUCAAACACGAAGCGCCCGAUUUUACGCCCACGGUGGUUUCUCAAUUCAAGGGGCCUGAUGGGAAGUUCAUGACUAGCGCGAACAGGCGUAUAUCUUCUACCGGGUGGGUGAAGUCUUCUUAUGGGAAGAUCACAACUCAUUUCUUCCAAAGGCUAAAUUAUGAGAAUUUGAUGGUGUUCGCUGCAAACGGCAGCUCUCAGGCCGUAAACCAGACUAUAGAUUCGAAUUACGGCACAUUUACGAAGAACCCUUCUUCAGUUUUGUAUUCGGAAGAAGUCUUCCAAACCUUCCCACUUUACGUAUACACGGGGAAUACAGACCAAACAAACGAUACCUACUCUACGGUCGUGAAUGUUUCAUUGGAAUUCGAUGAAAAGAGGAUAUCGGGAGAGAGGUUCGGGUUCAGUUUCAGCAAUUUACGGAAUUUGCAAACCGCAGAGGGUAAUAUGACAGUGAAAGGAAACUUGGUUACUAGCGGAAUAGGGAGUACCCAGCAAGUGUAUAGAUACGAGAGUACCGACGGUUGCUACUUCAGGAAUGUAAGCAGUAGUAACUACACUAUUCUUUUUGAUGAAUCUGAGAAGUCCUGCACUGAGAGUGCAUCGGUUAGUUCCGGAAAUUUUUUCACCGAAUGGUCUACUUUCCCGGCCCGGGGGACUUAUUAUGCAUCUGAAGAGAACUAGAUGAAGAAGAAUGGGGGCACUAAAUUAUGUGAUUUGGGUUGGGGUGAUUCUAUUUAUUAAUAAUGGAGUUCACCUUGAUGGCUCCGUCGAGAAUGCUUGUAAGUUUUAGCUUAGAUAUUGGCAUUGCUCUCUGUUUUACCAAGUUCACUCUCAAAUGCUAGUUGAUUUAUUCCAAUAUUAUUUUAGAUGAAGUACUAUUAGAAAUAUUGAUUCCUUAAAUUCUCGGCACAUUAUGCUUGGGGAUGAAUCAAAAGUUGAUAGUUGUAAUGUCUAUUUUUCUAUUCUUAGGAAAGCAAAUUGUUGCCAUCCUCUGUAGCGUGAAUUAUGCCCACAGUAGAGCCGUGAUCAUUUUUAAAA